AUGUCCAAGUCAUUCUCACCCGCCGAGGUCGCUGAACACAAAACUGCCGACAAGGGCAUGUACAUCAUUGUUGACACUGGCGUGUAUGAUAUUACCAACUUCAUCGAAGAGCACCCCGGCGGCGCAAAAAUCUUGAAACGUGUUGCCGGCAAAGAUGCGUCGAAACAGUUCUGGAAGUAUCAUAAUGAAUCGGUACUGAAAAAGUACGGCGCCAAAUUGAAAAUCGGAGACGUCAAGGAAGCUGCGAAAUUAUAA